AUGGCGGGGCAGCGGCCGGGCGCCUUCCAGCUGCUGGUGCGCGGGGACUGGGGCUCCGCCGAGCCACCGCCAGCCCUGAAGAAGAAGCUGCUCUGCUACUUCCAAAGCCAGAAGCGCUCGGGAGGCGGCGAGUGCGAGCUGCGGACCGGGACCGACGCCGAGACCGGGACCGGGCACCUCCUCGUCUGCUUCGCCCGCCCCGAGGUGAGGCAGCGGGUGCUGGACCGGCGAGUCCACGAGCUCGAGUGGGGGCCCGGCGGGCGGCUGUCGCUGCAGGUCACGGCGCUGCCCGCAGGCGGCGACUCCGCGCAGGAGGAGGGACGGGUCGGCGGGGCCGAGGCGCCAGUUAAUGAACCCCAGGUGUCUCUUCCCACCUGCCAGAGUAAGGAGACUCCUGUGUGUACUCUGCAGGAGAAGGCAGAAUCACGUGAGAAAUUGGAAGAAGAAAAAGCAACCUCUAGGAAGUCUGUCAUAGUAGUAACCACUGCUUCUGGGGAAGAAAUAGAAGAUGAGAUUGUGGAAAUGUACUUUGAAAAUAAAAAGAAGUCUGGUGGAGGGAUCAUCAGGUCCUAUGUCAAAGAGGGUCAGCGAAUGAUCAUCACCUUUGAGGAUGAGCAAGAUGCCCAAGAAGUUUUGCAAAGGAAGCAUCACAAGGUGAAGAAAAUUGAUCUGUUCGUGAAGCCGUGGCAAGUGGACACUCUGCAGGAGCCAUGCCAAGCAGAGAACUCUGAAGGAUCCCUGCCUUCCACCUCAGUUGUGCUGGAGAAUAUGAAGGAGACAGUAAAAGAUUGCAUGGUUAUUAUGCUGGUAGAGAACGUCAGCGGCUUGUCAGAGGAUGAUGGUGACUUCAGUGUGGAAAUGAUCCCUGAGUUACGUGCUGCUGUAGUUACUUUUACUGCAAAUACUGAUACAGGGGAAUUUGCUAAAAAGGUUAAUCAAAACCACAGAGCAAAGCAACAAAACAUUACUGCACGGUGCCUCGAGCUAACAAAGAGCAUUAGGGCUGAAAAUAUACCACCCAACACAUCCAGUGACUAUAUAACCAUCUACUUUGAAAAUAAGAGGAACGGAGGUGCACAAGUGACGGAUGUUCAACAGCUGCCUGACGAAGAUGCAGCUAUCAUUACAUUCAGUGACCAUAAAGAUGUAACAAAUAUCCUGGCAAAGAAGCAUGCACUCAACAAAACGCCAAUCUCUGUCUAUCCUUACUACACCUCGCUGGGAACAGCUCUAUAUGGAAAGGAGGGGCCACAGAUAAAGAAGCCAGAUCCAAUUACAUUGCCUCUGGACCCUUAUAUCUGGAAUUAUUUGCAAAAAAAUAGCAGCCUCAUUGCAGCCAUAAAUUGUGAAAUGGCAAAGUGUAAUUGUGUGCCAGCGUGGCCUGAACCCCACUGUGCAGACCCAAAAGUUUCCUUGCAUCCUUCAGCUGUUUUGUCUGAGCGGAAGAGGUCAGUAUCUCAGUUGGUCAAGGCAUGGAAGGAAAAUGUUUCCACCUCCUUUUCACAAAGCAUAUCGAAGUACGAAGCAAUUCAAUGUCAAGUAAGUGCAGAGGUAUGGGAAGCCAUUAGAAACAGCUUUCCCUGUGAUGAAGUUCUGAUGAUCCCAUGUAUUUCCAAGGAUUUACUUGUUCUAGUGGGAGAAAAAGAAGUUGUGAAUAAUGUUGAACAAGAACUGAAGGUUCUGAUUGAAAAGGCCAUCAGAGAAAUUGAAAGAGAAAAGCAAAGAACUGAACAAGUGGUGACAGUGAGUCCAGGGGAAUAUGGAAUUUUACAGGUUUCUGGCCUGGAAGAAAAAUUUCGUAUGGAGUUCCCAGGUCUGAAAAUAACUUACGAUUAUUUGCAGCAAAGAAUUAACCUAUGUGGUGUGCCUGAGGAAGUUUAUAAAGUAAAAGGGGAAAUAUUCGAUACUAUGCACAAAAUGGUAAAGAAAACAGUUAAUAUCCACCCUUACAUUUUCCAGUUUUUAGAGCAUAUUGAUAAUGAAACCCUGUCACAGAGUCUGUUUAUGUCAAAACAAAUUAGUGCCUUUUAUGAGCUUGGCACAGGAGCUGUCAUCUUGAAUGGGAGUACUCCUGAAGAUCUCCUAAAAGCAGAAGAAGAAAUAAAGAAGGAACUGGACUACAAAAGCAUUGCUUUGGAGGAUGAGUCAGUCCUCCAGGAGGAGGAAUGGCAGAUGCUUACCAAGGAAAACUGCUCUAAUGAAGCUGUAACAGUCACUCAGGCAGGGAGUCAUGUUGUCAUUGCUGGUUGUUCUCAAGCAGUAGCAAAAGCCUUUGAGGAACUUUCCAGCUUUAUAGAUGAAAACACGCAGGUACAAAGGGUCAUUGGAGGAAAGCCCAUGGCGGUCAUAAUGUUUUUUGAGAAAGAGAAGGUUGAUGUUUGGGGUGGCUUACUGAAAAAAGGUGUGAAAGUUGACUUUAGCACACAGAAGAAGUGUAGGGUUAUAUCCUUGAGUGGAUCGAGGCCAAAAGUGCUGGAAGGAGUCAGCUUAGUUGAGCGAAUUCUAGCUGGCCUGUACUAUAAGCGUGUGGUAAUUGGAGCACCAGGAGCCAAGUCAUAUUUCAAAGAGCACGAACGGGUUUUGGCCUCCCAUGCAAAACAAGAGUUUAAAUGUUUAGUCCGGCUGGAAGAGCACUCAGAAGAGCACCUGGAAGAACAGCAAGAACAUAGUGAUGAAGGCAAGCCCUAUAUGCAGGUGACCAUGGGUGAAAUUGUAAUAGCAGUUUAUAGAGCUGACUUAUGCACUCAUUCUGUUGAUGUUGUGGUGAAUGCAUCUAAUGAAGACCUAAAGCACAUUGGUGGCCUUGCUGAUGCACUGCUAAGAGCUGCUGGUCCAGCACUGCAAGAAGAGUGUGAUGAGCUGGUGAGGAAGAACGGGCAUUUCCAGCCCGGGAGCGCAGUUCUCACGGGCGCUGGGAAACUCCCCUGCAAGAACGUCAUUCAUGCUGUUGGGCCCAGGUGGAGGAAGGAAGAGGCAGAAAGGUGCGUGGACUUGUUGAGGAAGACAGUGAAGAAAAGUCUAGAACUAGCUGAAACAUACAAUUGUUCUUCCAUAGCUCUGCCUGCUAUAAGUGGGGGGAUUUUUGGCUUUCCACUGGAACUGUGUACGUAUUCAAUUGUAUCCUCUAUCAAGGAGACCUUGGAAGGAUCCAAGGGGGACAGCAGCUUGAAGGAGGUUCAUCUUGUGGAUAUUGUACAGGAUAACAUUCAGGCUUUCAGCAAGGCACUUAGAGAAGUGUUUCCAGAUUCUUCACCUUCCUACGGGUCCCUGCAUCAGGCCAGUAAAAUUCCUCAACGUAGGGAGCGCAAAAUUUCUCCAAAAAGCAAGAACUUACCAUGCAUAACAACUGAGGAAGGCCUUGAUAUUGUGCUGCAAACAGGAAGCAUUGAAGAUGCUACAACAUCCAUUGUUGUCAUCAGCGUUGGCAAAGAUCUCCAGCUUGAUAAAGGGCCACUUGCUAAAGCUUUGCUAAGCAAGGCAGGGCCAAUGCUUCAGACUGAUUUGAGAAAAGAAGGCUUAGGAAGAGCUGAGGAGGGAGCUGUAUUGAAAACAAAUGGUUACAAUCUAGACUGCAGUGUUGUGCUUCAUGCUAUUGUACCUGCUUGGUUCCAGAGAAAAACAUCUUCAAAGGUCUUCGGUGACAUCAUCACAAAAUGUCUGGAGAUUGCUGAAGAACUAUCUCUAAAGUCAAUUACUUUCCCAGCAAUUGGGACAGGAAAUUUAGGAUUCCCAACCGUUAUUGUUGCUGAAUUAUUGUUUGACAAGGUGUUUGAGUUCAGUAGUAAAAAUGGAGUAAAUUCUCUUGAGGAAGUUCACUUUCUGUUGCAUCCAAAAGACACAGCUCAUAUUCAGGUAUUUUUAGAUGAACUUGAGAAGAGGUGUGGAAAUACUGCAGGUGUUGAAAUGCAGAAGCCUUCUCCAAAUGAGGCUGGCCAAGGCACAGGUGCUUUUUCUACUACCUCUUCAACCUCAGCACAUAAUUUACUUGAAAUGACAAUUGGCUCCAUCAUGUUCCAGGUGGCAGACGGUGAUAUUACCAAGGAAAAGGGAGAUGUCAUUGUAAACAUAACAAACCAAACCUUCAACCUCCAAACAGGUGUCUCAAGAGCAAUUCUGAAUGGUGCUGGAAAAGCAGUUGAAGUUGAGUGUUGUCUACUAGCCCAGAAACCUCACAAGAGCUAUAUCAUCACCCAAGCAGGAAACCUGCCAUGCAAAAAAAUAAUCCAUUUUGUUGCCCAAGAUGAUAUCAAGUUUCUAGUUUUCCAGGUGCUCCAGGAGUGUGAAUUACAGGGAUACACCUCUGUCGCCUUCCCAGCAAUUGGAACAGGAGAGGCAGGCCGCAAUCCUGCUGAGGUAGCUGACAAGAUGAUAGAUGCAGUAACUGACUUUGCAAGAAGGAACUCUGCUGCAUCUCUGAAAACUAUUAAAGUUGUCAUCUUUCAGCCACAUCUGCUGAGUGUGUUCCAUGCAAGCAUGCAGAAAAGAGAAAGGCCUACUAAAACACCAGUCAAAUCAUUUAUUUCCAAGAUAAAAUCAUUCCGGAGCCCUGAGAAACGUUCCCCAAAGGAAAAAAACACAGGAGUUUUGGAAAAGAAAAUCGACCUGGCUGUUGUGCAAAUUUGUGGUGAAAUUAAAAAGGAAGUGGAAGAAGCUGAAAACUGGCUGAGAAGUGCAAUUUCAAAGGAACAGCUUCAGACAGAAAUUGUAGAUGACUCCAUCUCUCAUUUCAGUGAAGAAGAGAAUGAGGAACUGCAUCACCUACAAAAGAAAUUAAAAAUUGCUCUUUAUUUGAAGGGUACCUCUAUUGGAAUUUCAGGUUUUGGGAAAGAUGUCUGGAUUGCUCAUUCAGCUAUUCAGAAAAUGAUCCUCAGGGUAAAAGCUACUAAACAGGAAGAGGUCCAAGCAGGACUUUUACAAAAUUUAAUUGAAUGGCAAUAUUUUGAAGAGGAUUCCUAUGUGCCCUUUGAUAGUCUUACAAAUAUGCAGUUGGAAAAUGCUCACAGGGGAAAGCAGAAAAGUAUUUCAGUCACCAUUGGUGGGAAAAAAUACACAGUGGAUAUGAAACUUAAAUAUGCUGUGGAUGACCAAGGAAAACAAACAACCAUUAGACGUGUUGAUAAAUCUGAAGAUCAAGAGUCAACAGUGCUCCCUGCAACAUGGGACAAUAUGGAAAAUGAGCGACUCAAAAUAGUGGAACUAAGACCAGAAACAAGAGAGUAUAGAGAUGUGCAGGAAAGGUUUCUGCAGACCUGUCAGUCAUUCAGAAUUGAAAAGAUUGAAAGAGUACAGAACCCAUAUUUUUGGAAGGCCUACCAAAUAAAAAAGCGUGAAAUGGAUAAAAAAAAUGGCAGCACAAAUAAUGAGAGGCUUCUGUUUCAUGGGACGAGUAAAGAGUCAUUAACCUUAAUUAACAACCGUGGAUUUGACCGGAGCUAUGCUGGAAUGCACGCUGCAAACUUCGGAAAUGGAACGUACUUUGCUGUUCAUGCCAACUAUUCUGCCCACGACAACUACUCCAAACCAGAUGUGAAUGGGAAGAAGCACAUGUACUUGGCUCGAGUCCUUGUUGGAGAAUAUUCUCAGGGCAAAAAAGGAGCGAUCACUCCAGAACCAAAAAAUGCUAGUAACUCUAUAGAUCUGUUUGAUAGUUCAACUGAUGAUGUGAACCGGCCAUCCAUGUUUGUAAUUUUUAAUGACAUUCAAGCUUACCCAGAAUACCUUAUCACUUUCACUAGAUGUGUAUCGCGACAGACGGCAGCAGAGCCCCGAGAGGCGGGUGCCUGCCGGGAAAAGGCGCGGCCGCCGCUCUGGGAAGCGAAAGCGAAAGCGGCGGGGAGCGGAGCCGUCGGUGCGGCGAUGGCGGGGCAGCGGCCGGGCGCCUUCCCGCUGCUGGUGCGCGGGGACUGGGGCUCCGCCGAGCCACCGCCCGCCCUGAAGAAGAAGCUGCUCUGCUACUUCCAAAGCCAGAAGCGCUCGGGAGGCGGCGAGUGCGAGUUGCAGACCGGGACCGACGCCGAGACCGGGACCGGGCACCUCCUCGUCUGCUUCGCCCACCCCGAGGUGAAGCAACGAGUUCUUCAGAGACAGCCUCAUGAGUUGCAUUUGGAAGGAAAAGGAAAAGUGAAGUUGACUGUCACAGAGCCUGAAACCACACUAGCUACUGAAGAGGAGACACUUGAAGAAAAACUAGCUCCCACAGAGGCUCUGGAUGCCAUGAGCAACCUUCAAACAAAAGAGAGUUUUGUUCCAAGCAGCGAACUCCAGGAAGAAGCUGGCUCUGCAGAGACCUCACCUUUGGUGGUGUUUGAGAACAUACAAAAAUGCAGUCCAAACUGCUUACGUUUGCUGUUGGAGAACAUCAGCGGCCUGACUGUAGAUGAGGACUUCACUGUGGAAGUGAUACCUGAAAUAAAUGUUGCUGUAGCUACCUUUAUACAAAGUAUUGAUACUGAAGAAUUUGUGAAAACAUGUUUACAACACAAGAGAGUGAGAGAAUUCAAAAUGACUGCCAGGGUUCUUGAAUUGACCUGGACCAUCAAGGCCGAAAACCUACCAGACAGCAUUUCCCCAGAUUACAUCACAGUUUACUUUGAGAGUGCGCGGAACGGAGGGGGGCCCGUGUCAGAUGUCCAGCUCUUCCCUGAGGAGAACUCAGCCAUCAUUACUUUCUGUGAUCGCAAAGAUGUGAACACGGUCUUGGAAAAGCAGCAUUUGCUGGAACAGACGCUGAUUUCUGUGCAUCCCUAUUACCACUCCCUGGGAACAGCUCUCUACGGAGGAGAAAGACCAACUAUCAAGAUGCCAGACCCCGUUGGGGUGCCACUAGACCCGUAUGUCUGGCAGUUUUUAGGAGGGCACGAUAAACUGAUCCAAGGCAUAAACCAGGAAAUGGCAGUUUGCCAUUGUGAGCUCAAAUGGCCCCAGGCAGACUGUGCAAACCCCAACGUCACGUUGUGCCCAUCGUCAUCUCUCUCUGAGCAGAACAAGACAAUGAUUAAGUUGAUCAAGACGUGGAAGCAAGAUGCUUCUGAGGAGUUCUCACGUAUCAUGGCACGUUACACAGCUAUAAAAUGUAAAGUCAAGUCAGCAGAUUGGGGAGAUGUGAAAAACAGGUUGUUGGAAGAUGUUUCUUUGAUCAUAACUGAUAUUUCUGAGGACGUGGUGGCGAUUGCAGGCAGCAGAGCAGCAGUGGAGAGCGCAGAGAAAGAAGUGAGGGAAUGCAUGGAAAAGGCCAUGAAGCAAAGUGAAAGGGAAAAACAAAGCAUAGAAAUUUCUGUGCCAGUGGUCCCAGGGAAGUAUGCUGUGCUACACCAUGCUGGGUUAGAAGAGAGUAUUCACAAGGAAUAUCCAUGCCUCAGGAUCUUUUAUGAUGACAAAAAAAAGGCUGUUCAGUUGUGUGGAUUACCUGCGGAAGUAUAUAAAAUCAAAGCUGACUUACUGGAAAAGGUGUUGAGUAUGCCUUGUACAUCAGUGUCCAUUGAUCCCCAUGUUUUCCACUAUCUACAGGGUUUGGAUAAUAAAAAAAUGUCAGAUACGUUAUUCCUUCAGAAAAAAAUUAAUACUUUUUAUGAACUUGAGGAGGACACUGUGUUGCUGUAUGGAGAUACUCCCACAGACCUUUUAGAAGCAGAAAAGCAAAUAAAAACCAGCUUAGAAUCCAAGUGCAUCAAUGUGGAGGAUGGUGAGGUCAUGAAAAAAGAGCAGUGGAAGAAACUUCUUGUCACCUUGCAUAAGACAUACAGUUCUUCCCAGGAAGCUGUAAUCACUGAGGAGUCUGUUGGAAAAGAAAAUGAAGUGAUUAUUGCUGGCUUUUCUAAGGCUGUGACAGAGGUUUAUCAGAAGCUUAAUGAUUUUAUAGAUAAAAACACGCUUGUGGAAAAAAUAAUCCCAGCAAAUUCAGUGGUGGUAGAGUUCAUAGAGAAGGAGAAAUCUGGUGCUUAUUGUGAAUUGAGGAAGAAAGGGGUGACAGUACGUUUUGACAUCAAGACACCGUGCAUUUCCCUGAGGGGACCAAGAGCAGAAGUGCCAGAAGCAGUCAACAUGUUUGAAAAACUUGUCUCAUCCCUUUACUCAAAAAAUGUGCCAAUUGAUAAGCCAGGAGCCAAAGAGUUCUUCAUUGAGAGGCAAGAUUCGUGUGUUUUUGAGGCAAAGCGGAAAUUUAGCUGUUUCAUUAGAAUCAAGGAAGAAGAAGAAAAACAACAACAACAAUGGAAGGGUGAGAAAGUGAAAAGAAAGCUCUACUACAAAACAAGACUGCCACAUGGAAUUGUAGUAGCAGUGUAUAAAGGGGACUUGAGUGAUUAUCUUGUUGAUGUUGUGGUGAAUGCAGCUAAUGAAGACCUACAACUCCUUGGUGGCAUUUCUGGGGCACUGUUAAGAGCUGCUGGUCCAGCACUGCAAGAAGAGUGCAAUGAGCGGGUGAGGAUGAUCGGGCGUUUCCAGCCCGGGAGCGCAGUUCUCACGGGCGCUGGGAAACUCCCCUGCAAGAACGUCAUUCAUGCUGUUGGGCCCAGGUGGAGGAAGGAGGAGCCAGAAAAGUGUAUAUGGUUGUUAAAAAAGGCAGUGAAGAAAAGUCUAGAACUAGCUGAAACAUACAAUUGUUCUUCCAUAGCCCUGCCUGCUAUAAGCGGAGGGAUUUUUGGCUUUCCACUGCAGACAUGUGCAGAUUCAAUUGCAUCUGCCAUCAAGGAGACCUUGGAAGGAUCCAUGGGACACAGCAGCUUGAAGGAGGUCCAUCUUGUGGAUAAUGCUGAAGGAACUGUUCAGGUUCUGAGUGAGGCAGUAAAAGAAGUGUUUUCGGGUAAAUCAUCUUCCCCAACACCAUGCCUGGAAAGCUGUAAGAUGAGAAAAAGGCAGAAGGAGAAGACAAAAGAAGGUGUGAAGAUGGUUACUACAAAGGAAGGACUUUGUGUCCAUGUAGAGGAGAAAAACACUCAGGAAACCACAACGGAUGUUGUUGUCAACAGUGUUGGCCCAGAUCUGCAGUUUGGCGUGGGGCCUCUUUGCAAAGCCUUACUGGAAAGAGCUGGACCAGCACUCCAAGUAGAGUUUGAUAAAGAAAAACAAAGUCAGGCUUCUGGUCCAGGGAGUGUGGUCUGCACCAGUGGACAUGCUCUGGCCUGCAAGUCUGUGUUUCAUGCCAUACUACCCGGGUGGAAUGGAGCAGAGACAGAAAAGGUCCUGGAAGGUGUAAUGAAUUUGUGCUUGAAGAAAGCUGAAGAACUUGGCCUGAAAUCGAUCUCUUUCCCAGCUAUUGGGACCGGAGGAUUUGGAUUUCCGAAAAACAUUGUUUCUAAGUUAAUGUUUGAUGUGGUGUUUGAGUUCAGUAGCAGCCACACUCUGAAGAAUCUCCAGGAAGUUCAUUUUCUCUUGCAUCCAAAAGACAUUGAUAACAUUCAGGCUUUUACCACUGAACUAGAACAUAGGGUAGCUGCAAGUUGCAAUGCUGCAGCACCACAGCCAAGUUUCAUUAAGCCUGUUUCUACUGAAGUAUUGGGAGUUCAUGAAAUGAGGAUUGGUUCCAUCACGCUCCAAGCAAUUAGUGGAGAUAUUACCAAGGAAGAUACAGAGGUUAUUGUAAACAUAACAAAUCCGUCAUUUGAUGCCAAAACAGGGGUCUCCAAAGCCAUUAUGGAUGCUGCUGGUUCCCAGGUGGUAGACGAAUGUGCUCAAUAUGCUGGGCAGCAUCAAAGUGGCUUUAUUACUACACAAGGCGGAAAUCUGUUGUGCAGUAAAAUCAUUCACUUGUUUUCCAAUAACCACGUGAAAAGUCAGGUCUCCAAAGUGCUUCAUGAGUGUGAGCAAAGGAUGUACAAAUCUGUUGCCUUCCCAGCUAUUGGAACAGGUCAAGCAGGACAGAGUCCAGCAAAGGUGGCUGAUGAAAUGUUGGAUGCCAUAGUGGAAUUUGCAAGCAAAAAAUCAGUACAGCAUUUACAGACAAUUAAAAUCGUCAUCUUCCAGACAAAUAUGCUGAAGGACUUCUAUGAAAGCAUGAAGAAAAGAGAAGAUUUGGCGUCAUCCACAGCGGAUUCGUGGUUUUCUAUGCUUAAAUCCUUGCUUUGGGGCAAAAAACAAUCUACUGAGAAGAAAAAGCCCGUGAUUUUGGAGAAGAAAGUCAAUUUAGUCACGUUUCAAAUUUGUGGAGAAAGCCAAGAAAAUGUGGAUGCAGCUGAGUCCUGGAUAAAGGAUUUAAUUUUAAAGGAACAGAGUGAAACUACUUUUACAAAUGAGCUAAUUGAAAGUUUUGGUGAGAGGGAAAUUGCUGCUUUGGUAGAUCUUCAGAGAAGAAAGCAUGUCACCAUUCAGCUUGACAAUAAACUUUCUCCCCCAGUAAUUACUAUUUCUGGUAUUAGCAGAGAUGUCUGGUUUGUUUUGGUAGAAAUUCAGACAAUGAUCCAAAAAAUGAAGGAUGUUGAAGAAGAACAAUCCAAGGCAGAACUUCUUUCUAACCUAGUAGAAUGGAGGUAUCUAGGAAGCAACGAUACCUUUGUUGCUUUUGAUAAACGGACAAAUAUGCAGCUGGAGGAUGCCAAACUAGCUAAAAAACCAUAUCUCAAUGUCAGAAUUAACAAGAAGAACUACAAGGUGGAUCUGAAUACUCUACAGGCUCAUGAUGACCAAGGAAAAACUAUCAACAUUCAGCGUGUGUCAAAGAAUGAAGACCUCCCUAAGGAGUGGGAAGACUUGCAAAAUGAACGGGUCAAACUGGUGAAUCUCAAGCCAUCACAUCCGGAUUAUAGAACAGUUGAGAAGAUGUUUCGGACAACUUGUGCUAGCUUUACCAUAGAGAAGAUUGAAAGAGUACAAAAUCCCUUCCUCUGGCAGACAUACCAAAUUAAAAAAAAAUCUAUCUGUAAAAAGAACAAAAAGGAAAAUAAUGAGAAGUUGCUAUUUCAUGGGACAGCUGCAUCCUCACUGAGCACGAUCAACCACUGUGGAUUUAAUCGCGGAUUUGCUGGAAAGAAUGCUGCAGCCAUUGGAAACGGAACCUACUUUGCUGCUCAUGCAAGUUAUUCUGCUCAGAAUCAGUAUUCUGUUCCGGAUGUGAAUGGCAAAAAACACAUGUACUUGGCUCGGGUCCUCACUGGGGAGUACUGUGCUGGGAAGACUGGACUAAUCACUCCACCACCAAAGAACCCAGCAGAUCCUACUGACCUGUAUGACAGCGUAGUUGAUAAUGUGUCUAAUCCAACAGUGUUUGUCAUUUUUAAUGACAUUCAGGCAUAUCCGGAAUACCUUAUUACUUUCAAAUAA